UUACUGAGCAACGUAGUGUUGUACUUCAACCAGCAACAGCAAUUGAUCAGCGUUUUGAACGUGUGGCUUUUUCCAUGCCACGUGAUAAUAUUGUAGAGUUGCAAGAAGUGUUUCAGUGGAGACUCAGUGUUAAUGAUUCCAGAGUUAGACUAGAUCCUUUGAAAACUACUCAAAUAGUAAGACUUAACAAUCAAGAUGUUUUCACCAUUGGGUUUAGAGAACUACAAUUUACUCUUAGAGAAGGAGAAGCAGCCCCAUUAACUAUAAAACAGAUAGGAAAUGAGACUGGUGGUUUAGCUGUUGGAGGAUUUCCAGAAGUUCAUUUACAACCAGUUCUAUUGAGACAAGUUUCUGGGACUGCUGUAAAUGGUAGUGAUUUCUUCCUUGCUGCUACUGCCCCAAGGUUCACGUACAGAGCCAAUAAUACACUGAAUGAUACAUUCACUCCUAUCACAAGUUUUGAAGAUAAUGUCAUUGAAGGAAAUGAAUCAAUAAGAGUCAUCAUAUUAUCUGGUGGUGAUAAUGUUGUUCAAGUACAGAGAGAAUUUCAGACAGCUACCAUCACCAUUAUUGAUGAUGACACUGGUGUGCUGUCAUUAGAGAGAGGAACAUAUGAUAUGAUUGAGAAUGAAGGAACUGUAGAAAUAUGUGCUGUACUAACUGGAGGAGUAUUAUCAACUGAUACAGAAAUAACUAUACUAGCUGAAGAUAACACUGCACGGUUUAGGAGUGACUACAGUACUCAUGGAAUUCAUUCAGUAUUACAUUCAUUUACAAACAAAACAUGUGGUAGAUUUAAUAUUACGAAUGAUCUCAUUAGUGAACAACUAUUGGAGAACUGUACCAUAGCAAUAAUUGGCAUCUUUCCAGAAAAUAGUGGAUUAACGAUAGACCAGACUCCAUCAUUCAUCAGGAUACAAGAUGAUGAUCAGGCUGAAGUAAGGUUUGCUAUGGGUCAAGCUACAUUCUCUGAAGGAGGAGGAAAUCAAUCAAUCACUGUCAUACUAGGAGGAGCACAAUUGAGCCAGAGUGAAGAUGUUGAAGUAUACAUUGAUGAUGGAACUAGCAAUGGAACAUCACUUGGUUUUAUGACAUUUGGUACUGGUGUUAUAACACAGAAUAGGACUGUUGUUUUCCCAGUGGUUGACAAUAACAUUGCACUGGAACCUGAUAAACUUUAUCUACUAAAAUUAAGGAACAUUGGUAACAUAGGUUUAGGUAAUCCAGGAACAAUGAAUGUGAUUUUAGAGGAUGAUGAUGUGACACAGAAAUUACCAGAGGAUGUCACUGUACAGUGUUAUUUGUCUGCUGCUGAUUGUACUAGUAAUACUAAUGGAGUCAGUCUUGCAGCUAUUGACUGCUGUAAUAGAACUGGUGGAGGAUAUAUAUCUCAUUCUUCAUUGAGUGCAGUGGCACAGUGUGGUGCAUGCAUUGUUGUUGGUUUUGAUCAAACACGUGUGCAUAUUGGUCCAAGUGAUGCUGGUAGAAGAUAUUCAGUUACUGCUGAUGUACUCCUCAGUACUCCUGGGGCUCCAACAAAUGAAGUUCGUGAUUUUUGUUGGACUAUUUCACGAGAGCCAGCAACAUUUGCUGAUGUCACUGAAUAUUUAAGGACACCAGUGUUUAGUGGACAAACUGAUGCUUUCCUUCCCAAAAGAUUUAAUCUGCAAUAUGUUUCAUAUGGGAAUGAACUUGCUCUCCAGCCAACUCUUUCAAUUCAUUACACUAUUGUACCUAGCAGUGGUGAAUUAAUACCAUCAGGAGUUGUACUUGUAUACAAUCAUCUUAGCAUUACAAUUGAUGAUAUAGACAUAAUGAGUGUUGGUCUGGAACUACAAUGCUUUCCUUUUGUAGAAGGUAGUACUGCUGUAGCUGUCAUUAGGCGUAAAUUAAUUGAAUAUGAAGCUCCUUUUGAAGUCACUGUCUCACUUGAGAGGUUUAGAAAUCCUUAUUUGUUUACUGCUGUUGGGGAAUUUGAUAAUUUUAACUUUACUGAACAACAUAGUGUUGUAUUUCAUCCAGAAUAUCAAUUUGAUCAAAAUUUUGAACGUGUAACUUUCUUGAUGUCACAGGAUAAUAUUGUAGAAUUGCAAGAAGUGUUUCAGUGGAGACUCACUGUUAAUGAUUCUAGAGUUAGGAUAAAUCCUAACACUCAAAUAGUAAGACUUGACAAUCGAGAUGUUUUCAGAGUUGGUUUCAAAGAUCUACAUGUUACUAUAAGAGAAGGAGAAGGGGCAACAUUAACUAUAAAGCAGAUAGGAGAUGAGACUGGUGGUGCAGACAUUGGAGGAUUUCCACAGAACCGUCUACAGCCAGUUCAAUUAGUACACACAUCUGGGACUGCUACAAAUGGUAGUGAUUUUCUUUUAAAUUCUACUGUUCCAAGAUUAACCUACAGUGCCAAUAAUACACUGAAUGAUAUGUCAUUCACUCCUAUCACUAGUAUUGAUGAUAAUAUCAUUGAGGGAGAUGAAACAAUAAGAGUCAUCAUAUUACGUAAUGAUAAUAAUGUUCUCCAAAUACCAAGAGAUCGGCGGACAGCUACCAUUGCCAUUAUCGAUGAUGACACUGGUGUACUGUCAUUAGAGAGAGGAACAUAUGAUGUGAUUGAGAAUGAAGGAACUGUAGAAAUAUGUGCUGUACUAACUGGAGGAGUAUUAUCAAUUGAUACAGAAAUAACUCUACAAGCUAGAGAUAACACUGCAGUAUGCAUUGGUGAUUAUAGUACUCUUAGAAUUCGUCCAACAUUACAUUCAUUUGCAAACAGGGCAUGCGGCAGAUUUAGAAUUAGGAAUGAUCUCAUUAGUGAACAAUUAUUUGAGAACUUUACAGUAUCAAUAACUGACAUCUUCCCAGUAAAUAAUAGAUUAACAGUUGACAGAAGUCCAUCAUUCAUCAGGAUACAAGAUGAUGAUCAGGCUGAAGUAAGGUUUGCUAUGGGUCAAGCUACAUUCUCUGAAGGAGGAGGAAAUCAAUCAAUCACUGUCAUAUUAGGAGGAGCACAAUUGAGUCAAAGUGAAGAUGUUGAAGUAUACAUCGAUGAUGGAACUACAAAAGGAACACUACUUGGUUUUAUGACAUUUGGUACUGGUGCUAUACCACAGAAUAGGACUGUUGUUUUUCCAGUGGUUGAUAAUAACAUUGCACUGGAACCUGAUAAACAUUAUCUACUAAGAUUAAGGAACAUUGGUAAUACAGGUUUAGGUAAUCCAGGAACAAUGAAUGUCACUGUAGAGGAUGAUGAUGUGGUUGAUGUGUUCCUGGAGAGAAGAUCAUAUGAUGUUAUUGAGAAUCAAACUAGUAUCAAAAUAUGUGUUGUUCUAACUAAAGGAUUUUUGUCGACCCCAAUGAACAUUAACAUUUUUGAUGCUCAAGGGACU